AUUUAAAGACGCUCACUCCUCAGCGCCAAGUGAGAAUCAGUUGUCUCUCCGUGCACCCGAAUGGUGUCAGCGGCAACCCACUUGAACCCAAGCAAAUCCGCAAGACCCGAUCAUGCGAUCGAACAAGGCCUCAAUCGUCGUUCCCGACGUCCUCUGGCUCAAUGCUAAAACCCCGACAAACUUCAAGUCGACAUCCGACUACGAACAGAAGAGUAUCAUUGCUGUUCGAGCUCAGCACUAUUCUACACAGAAGCGGGUGGAACUGGCCUCACUAUUGGCUGAACAGCCAAACCUUGAGUCCAAGCCUCCACAUGGACAAACUGUAUCAUCGCCAGCUCAUGGGCUGAGAAAAGCACCAUCAGAACCCCGCCAGACUGACAAUACACUUGAACAAGAUGCUAAAGGACGCCACCAGCGAAAGGUCGUCAAGAGGCGCCUCCCUCCGCAACAACGUAUCCGCUCAACAAAAGCCACGGUGGUUCCGUCCGUUGGACUGGGUGACUCGUUAUCAAUGCUUCUUCAAAGGGGAAACAGCGACCCGUUUUCUGCGACGCCUAUUCAUCUAUCCGCGCUGAGACAUAGUGUGAUAUCGACAAUUCAACCAAUGUCUCUGAGGACGAUCUGGGCAGACGAAGUCGGGACGCCCAAUGCAGCCAAAAUUCUGGUGCCUGCACAAACGAGAGUUUACAAGUCGUAUAUGAGCCACGAAGCGGUCAUGCAUGCCCUCCUCGCGUACUGCUGGUCGGUCCUGGCUCGUCUGCACCCCCACGACAAGGAACUAUAUUGGGCCUACGCCCUUGACCAUGAAACUCGGGGCAUUCGUGUGCUGCAGCCGCUUAUAGCGUUGGGGUUCAACGCAGGUGACAAUCUCGAGGUUGCGGUGCAAGCCGUCAUGUUGUUGUGCUGCGCAGCCGUGUACCGCUCCCGUCUUGAUGCACUCUUUCUGCACCUGAAAGGACUGAAGCAGUUAAUUCAGUCCAUGGGAGGGGUUGGCGGACUUCCUUGGAUCAGAAAGGAGAUCAUCAUCUAUCUCGUUGUCAGGGUCGCUGCGGCUACGGGUACGCGCAGCAUUCUCGACCCUUCAAGCUGGGAUCCGGGGUGGUGGUCGGAGAAUGGGCCCCGUGAAACCAUGGCCGACCUGACAACUGGCCGCGAGCCCAAUCUCGGAUUCUCCUCAGCCUCGCCGGGAACGAAUGACUUCCCCUGCAUUUUCAUGGCUCUGCGUGAACUGGUCGAGGUGGAAGGUCUCAAGAGGCGGACGGCAGAUGACGAGCCAGAACAAAUCAAUAGGCUGUUCCGCUGGUCUUUUCUUCGGCGACAAGCGGUGAGAGCUCGAAUUCUGGAUUAUUGGUGCGACCUGACAGAACCCACAAAUGCCGUUGAUCCUCCAAAGGGAAGUCCGACUCCUACAACGGUUCACCAUGCAUCGGUUGGUAUGUGUCUUUGUCUGGCUCUCCACCUGGUCAUGGCUUUCGGUCUAGAAGCAUCACUAUUGAGGCAAACCUGGGUCUCCACGAUACAUGUUUGGCACAUUAUGCUACUCAGAUGCGUGCAGAAGCUUGGAUUUGAGAGUGAUAAAAUUGAUCAGUCCCAUCCGGGUGCAUUGGAUAUCUUGUGGGUCUACUGCAUAGGGGCAUAUGUGGAGCAGCUGUCUCUGAACCAUGUCCUUCGGCAUCAUCCUAACUUUUGGGCUCUUUAUACUGCUGAACGGGUGGACAUUCGAUGGUUUUCUGUUCGAUUCGGAGAUGUGGCUCGAAGGCUUGGCUACAGGCAAUAUCAAGACGUGGCUGUGCUCUUCGAGAAACGCUACGUCCACAUACCAUCACUCCAGGACGCCGUACUGAGAAAGAUAUUCGACUUUGACUGUUGAGACUAUCUUCCGGGCCGAAGGGUUGGCCGUGCGCUCGGCGUCCCGACUUCAUCGUGGGAUCCACAGAGCAGUGUGAGCAUAGGCAUGCCUCUCACCCGCGACACUGGGCGCCUAGGGCCUUGAUCACGACUAGAAAUCCACAAUCAUACUGCACGAUGAUCUGAAAGCUGAGUCUGUGCAUGGCCAGACAGGAGGAUGAUAGUGUGGAGUCAAAUCUCAUGGAAGUCUGCGGUGCAAUUCCCUCUCACAACUGCCAACGGAGGACAUAUCGAUUUCACUCUCUUCACCAGCCUGAAUAUUUGGCGUGCAAGAUGGGUGCUGGCAGAUUGGUUUCGAAGGAAAGCGCAUACCGCAGUGGAAAUUGCUCUUGUUGAUGCUGUGGAUCAUUGUCGGAAUGACGACUUGGCCUGGUCCGCCGAGCGUGGAUAUAUUGUCGACGGAGCCACUCAGAUGAUCCUGAAUAUCACAGUGAGGGCAGGAACAUUUUCUCGGAUCAAAAGCGCAUCGCUUCGUCGCUACGUUAGAGGUCUCGGCAGCUUGCUGAUUGAGGACUUGCCAAGAUAUCGAAUGUCUUGUCGAGGACACGACCAGAAACACUCAAGCCUUGAUCGAGGUGCAAUCUUAGCACACCAUUUCAAGGCCUGCUAACUUCCAGCUGGUCGAGGCCUUCCACUUCGUCCGCGAACUCCAGAUUGUCGAAGGCUUUGUCCGCGUCGGCUUUGAUGAGUUCAACCAUCCCCUGCAACGCAUUAACCACAGACCUUUAUAACCACGUGCUCAAUGCUAACCUCAGGCAUGGUUGGCUUGCCAGAAUUAUCGGUGACGUAUCGGAAAGGCAUCUCUGUGGAUUCAUGCUCAUCCACCUUUAGCUCCGGAAAGUCGACAUAAGGAAUCUUAUCGAGAGGAACUGUCGUGAAAUGUUACCACAAAAAGCCCGUUACGCGCAUAUCUUCCAAUCCCCU